AGCUUUCCUUUCGACAAGGAUUGACACCUCGCAAGCAAAAUAUCAAGGUACUUGGGUUCUUUAAGACAGGAUGAUGAUAUGUUGCAUCCAAGCCCUGCUGUUGUUGGGUGCUCAGCUGGCUCUUUCAAUCCCCAACAACUUCUUCUACCAUGACUUUCGCAAAGGAAAUGGAAACACAGAAAUUCACUUCAGUGGUGUGAAGCUCCAUGUGGACUCUGCUCAGCCUGCAGUGUUUGCAGCCACAGGGGAUAAUGUCACGCUGCCAUGCAGGUUUUGGUAUGAGCCCGAGUUGACCUCACCAAGGGAACCCCGGGUCAAGUGGUCCUGGCAGCCUGCAGCUGGGGGACAUGAGACAGACAUGCUGGUGGCUAUCGGCUCUCGAAGUCGAAGUUUUGGGGAAUUCAGGGGUCGUGUGCAGAUCAGACAGGAUUUCCCAGGAGACGCCGCACUUGUGAUGACUAACCUAAUGUUAAAUGAUACAGGCCGUUACCACUGUGAGGUCGUGGACGGACUGGAGGACAAGAGCACUUCAGUUUAUUUGGAGUUACGGGGUGUGGUGUUUCCCUACCAGCACCCUCGUGGUCACUACCACCUCAGCUUCCUGGCAGCCCAGGAGGCCUGUGAGCAGCAGGCCUCCACACUGGCCACCUUCUCCCAGCUCUUCCAGUCCUGGAAGGAGGGCCUGAACUGGUGCAAUGCAGGCUGGCUGGCUGACGGGACCGUCCAGUACCCCAUGACCCAGCCCAGAGUGCCCUGCGGAGGGGACGGCCUGGCCCCAGGUGUCCGGAGCUACGGCAGACGGCACCUGCAGCUUCAUCGUUAUGAUGUCUUUUGCUUCUCCUCUACACUCCAAGGUAAAGUCUACUAUCUGCAACCCUCUCACACGAUGAACCUGACGGAGGCCCAGCAGGCGUGCCAGGAGGACGGAGCACAAGUCGCCAAAGUGGGACAGCUGUACGCCGCCUGGAAGCUCUCAGUGCUGGACCACUGCGACGCAGGCUGGCUGGCUGACGGAAGCGUUCGGUAUCCCAUCACCAGGCCCCGGAGAAACUGUGGCCCCUCAGAGCCGGGGGUGCGCAGUUUCGGCUUCCCUCCUCCACAGCAUAAACACGGGGUCUACUGCUACAAGUCAGGGGAUGAAUUAAUGUAGAGCCUUUCUCGAAUUGGGGGUCAGAAAUGCAAAGAUGGCACCAUUUUCUCGAAAACGUGUAUCCUUAUGAGCAUUCUUGUCAUUAUAACUGUGUAAACUUUGGAAAACUAGGCCUAAGUGUGCAGUGAGGAUUAACAGGAGGGAAAUAGUAGAACUUCUUUUUUUUAGAUUAAAGAAAGAUAUAUAACAUGCAUUCACAUGUUACUUCAGAUUUAUGUAACAUACCUUUGAGUGCUAAUGCCUUGUAUUUGUUUGUAGAUUAUGUUUGUAUGGUUUUGAAUACGCUUUCAAAAUGAUUAUGAAGAACAGACAACCCAUUAUUACCACCUUCUUGUCUUGCGUGUAAUGCAGUAAUUUCCUAGAAUGCAUGGUUUGAGCUAUUUCCGAGUAAUGUCUUCACUGUCCUUUGUAAAUGCAUGUGACAAUAAAAACGUUAGUUAGAAGA